AACUUCUUCCAGUUUUUUCUUCUUCCUCUUUAUUUCUGAGGCUGGAAUGCGCUUUUCUGAGGGGGGAAAGCUGAGCUGGUUCAGCAGAGUUUUGCUCCAGCAUGUCUCGCGCUUUGACGCACUGAGGAAUGGCAUCAGCUGUGUUUGAAGGGACGUCUCUGGUCAACAUGUUUGUCCGGGACUGCUGGGUCAACGGGACCCGGAGACUCAUCAUCAGCCAGCGCGGGGAGGAAGAGGAGUUCUUUGAGAUCCGGACCGAGUGGUCCGACAGGAACAUCUUAUACUUACACAGGAGUUAUUCCGAUCUGGGGCGUCUGCUUAGAAAACUGCUGGACUCCUUCCCUGAGGACAGAAGAACCCUCUCCAAGUCUCCUCUGAUUGAAGUAUUCCAGGUCAGAGGUGAUGUUGACUUUCUUUGAGCGCUCGCCGCUGGACCAAGUGUUAAGGAAUGACAAAGUCCACAGAAUCCAGCCAUGCUUUCAGAGUCCAAUCAAGAUAUCAGAAAUCAUGCGGUCCAAUGGAUUCUGCCUGGCCAAUACAGAAACCAUUGUGUUUGACCACAGCAUCCCAGAAGAAAAAGAGAGGCCUUCAUCGACAGACUCCGUGGAACAUACGUAUGAGGACGAACCAGAAUUUUUGCCAAUGGAAGCUGAAGUAUGCGACGAGGAAACAGAAGCAUAUGUCACCAACUUGUCCUACUACCAUCUGGUCCCAUUUGAAACUGACAUCCUUGAAUGA